CACCUUCGGAGAUGUGGAUGGAAAUUCGCUUCUCCGCAUUCCCAGUCCCUAAAGCUGGGGUACACUACCUUUUACCCCUGCUUUCUCAAAAAUGACUACAUGGUAGAGCAAUCCGAUGCCGGUCAAGAUCUGAGCAAGUCAUGAAUGGCUCGAAUUUCUGUUCGGCACCGCUUCCUAAGCGGAAGCGCUUAUCAUAUGCCUGUAACUACUGCAGGGCCAAGAAGACGCGGUGUGACGAGCAAUUUCCAAGCUGCCGAAACUGUCAACUAGCCGGCGUAUCAUGCAUUACGGUCAACAAGAGGCGACCAAAUGCACCAGUCCAAAACCGUCGCAAAGAUCUACCGUCCAUGAAGCGACCACUUGAGACGGAGGCUCCGAGAGUUACGGCACUAGCCUCUUCAGAAACGAGCGGUGUUAGUCCCUCAUCUCUGAGCGGCCCGGGGCUUUCGAAUGCCCCAGCGCGUUCGAGAUCCCUCUCACCUGGCCCCGGUUCGAUAGAUGGACACCAGUGGUCUACUCCCAGCUGGGACACGAAGCAUCUCCCAGUAAUGCCCACACGAGCCGGAUCCAGCAUGGUACAUAACUCAACGCAAUGGCUCGAUUUAGCUCUGUCUCGACUUGGCAUCCCUCUCUCUUCAUUCGUCCGUAUGGACCUGAGGCCGUGUCUGUCUAGCCCGAGUACCUUUGUUGGAUACCCGAUUCCUUGCGUAGAGCCUGGUCUGCCGCCUUUUGAAGAGCUCCAGAAACUCACCGAGCUCUUUUUCAAGGCUCAUCACCCGGUAUAUCCAUUCCUUGAUCAUCAUUAUAUACUUGCACUUCUAGACGUUGCCUCCGAUGAAGUUCGGAGCGACAACAGGGCUCGCACAUGUGGCAAAGUUCCUCGCUUGAUGCUGCUCUACCUGAUCACUAUUCUGGGCUAUAUGGCAAACCCCCAAGCCUCCCAUCGAUCUCUCAUCAGCGCAUAUCUAGCUUAUUGUCAUACGCUCAUCGGACACCUCCUGCUGGAGCCUGCCUUGGAAUCAGUACAGGCACUACUCCUCCUUUCAAUAACUCUUCGUCUCCGAGAUCAGCUGUCUCAAGCAUGGGAUGUGCUCACGCUUGCUAUUUCCAUGUCGCACACUUUGAGGCUCGGUGAUCUUAGUGUAUACCCACAGUUGGUACAUCAAAUUGUGCCAGACAGCGAUAGGGAUAUCUCGCGCACAUGGUGGGCCCUGUACGUAUUUGAGAAAUUCCUUGCCUUUGAUUCUGGUCGGAAGUCAUACAUAGAGGAUCCAAAAUUAUGUUCCCUGGGGCGACAGGACUCGCAGAAGCUGCCGGAGCAGGCAGAAAAUCCAAAGGUCCAAAGUUACGAAUACUGCAUGACUCAUUUGGCCAAUGUACUGCGCGAAAUGCAACAUCAAUCGUGGCAUACAUGGCGGAAGGAGAGCCUGGAGGCAACAACCGAAGAGGAAGCCCGCGCGAGCAAAAUUCGUGCAGCGGGCGAAAUCGAUACCUUGCUGUGCAAAUGGCGCAGAGAUUUGCCCCCUGAACAUCAGAUCGGAACAUCCAGCGCCGCCGAUGUGCAGCUUGCGCCUCAAUGGGCUUUCCUCUCAUUCUACUACUACCAAGCGAUCAUUGUCUUGUAUCGAAACGCUCUUCUGUUGGACUGGAAUGAGCUGAAAUGGGAGGCUGAUCAGUUCGGCUCCGGGGAAAUUUGGCACCCGCGACUCCGCAAGGGUCCCCAAAUAUGCCUCGAGGCAGCCAAAGAAAUGACAAAUCUGCAAGUCAUGGUCACCGAGGCCGGUGAUCCCACCUUCCUACAUCUGGCUACCUCACCUCUAGCAGCGGCGUACGUUUUAGCCAUCUAUAUCCGCCGCCAGCCAGCCUCGAUCUUGAGCCGGACACAUUCCGAGCUCAUGAAGGCGGCACUAACAAUUUCGCGUCAACGAUAUCCGUCCGGUGCGACUCAGAGCCUAUUGCAUAAGCAUCUGGACACAUUGGAGCAGCAUAUCGCUGAAAUUUUGGCUGAUACCGCUAGACGAUCUUCAAUCGAGCUCUGCCCCCAAUUUGCCGAAAGUGGCGUUCCCCUGUUCCCACUCACCAGUACGGCGCCCUCAAAUCCACUUGAGCCCUCGUUAGUUCCAUGGGAGUCUUUUGAAUGGAUGAGUUGGGAUUGGAACGAGAUAUUUCCGCAGAAUUAACAUCUCUGGCUGGGGGAAAGGGGUUAGAUUUCUGUGUUAGCGGGGAUUCCCAGGGCUCGGGGCGCCCUAGCAAUAAUUAGUAGCCUCAAUAGAAGACCUAUUACUUGGGAACGGCUUUUUGGUGUUCCUUCGGAGACAGAAGCGAAAAUGAUCUGUGGCGUGAGUCUGAGUUUGGGGGGUACCAUGAAAUCGGUCAAGACACUAUUCGCGCUAUUAUCACGCUAAAAUGUCAAUGUUCGUGAGGGA